AUGCUACAUAUGCUACUGCGGGAGACUUCGGGAAAGGUCAAAGGCACAGAAGUUGUGGCCGAUCGGAAAUUAGCUACCUCGAUAGUUACCGAGGAGUGGAUUUUAGUAUCGGAUAUCGGCUUACUCCAGUGGAGGGUAUCGAACCUUUACUCACUCGGCAUGAAUCGAUUGUCAAUCUUAUACGGAGUACUAGUAGGAACUUCCACAUGGGCUAUGUUCCUAUUAGCCCAGCACUAUCAAAGGGACCACCCCCAAGGUUGCCAGUGGCGACCCAAGGCGGCUUAUCUUCGCGCCAGUCACUGUUUACGGGGCGAACAAGAAAUCUGUUCCGCUGAAGAUGAGACAUGCAUGGAUCACGGAUAG